AUGGCCAAUAUCCAGUUCUUCGACAGCCCCACAAUCCACGAUCUGCUCAUCAACCUUUCCCAAGAAGAGGCGAUCGGCUUUCGCGACAUCGUGGAGAAGACAUUCGAAGACGUCUCAGUCGGCGGCGAGCGCCAGUACCAGCCCAUGCCCAGUGUAUCCAACCGCGCAAAUGGCCAAAAUACUCUCUUUCGACCGUUCACAUCCGAUUCCAGCGUCGGGACCAAGAUCACCGUCCACGCCGCACCCAAUCCUGAUGGCACCAAGGAGCCCCUGCAUGGGACCAUCAUCUUAACGGACGGGAUAGGAAUUCCAACCGCAGUUCUGGGUUCAGAAGAAAUAACCGGCUACCGGACAUCCAUGAACGUCAUGGUCCCAUUCUCAUGGCGGAAGCAUGUCAACAACAUCGUCAUCUUCGGAGGCGGCCUUCAAGCCCUCUGGCACACGCGACUGAUUCUGACUCUUCGCGGCGAAGAAGUAAACAAAAUCACAUAUGUCAACACCAGCAAGGACCGGGUUGAUAACUUGAUCACAACUAUUAACAAAGAGAAACAAGAUCGCUGGAGCACCAAUGCCUCCUUCCAUUUCCUUCAUACCACGUCGUCAAAUUACCAGGGCGACCUCGAGGCUUUCCUCAAAACGGCAGACGCAGUAUUCUGCACGACACCGUCUAAGAAGCCGUUAAUUCCUGCCAGGUACCUUACCCAGGGCAGAAUACGCCAGCCCUUCAUCUCGGCUAUUGGGUCGUGGCUGCCGGAGAUGUGGGAACUCGACCAUGGACUGUUACAUCAUGCUAUUUCCGCCGGGGAUGGGUAUAACCCUGUCUCUGGGGAGAGUCGAGGCGUUGUGUUGACCGAUGACCGAGAUUUUGCGCUCCAGAACUGUGGGGAACUGGUCAGUAGUGGAAUCGCGGCCCAGGACGUGGUUGAGCUGGGUGAGAUCAUUUCUCUACAAAAGGAUAAGAGCUCGAGACAGAGGAUCGAGCAGACGAAUAGGUUCAUUUCCGAGGGAUUCGUUGCGUAUAAGAGUAUCGGUGUGAGUUUGACGGAUUUGACGGUCAGCAAUGGCAUUCUGGAGCUGCUUAAAAAUAAGAGGAAGGAGCACCUAUAG